UCCACACCAGCCUCCGAUCUGGACAGCAGCAAAAGUACCACCCCAGAAACCACCCCUGCCCUCAACAGCAGUCAAAUACUUGACCGGAUCCUCAUUUUGGAGAAGCUACUUAGGCAAAAUUCAACCUCAGAAAAACUCAGGAGGGAAAUCUGUGAAACCCAGCCAUCAUACACCACCCAUUCCCCUUUCUCCUGGGUAAAUGUAGGGAAAAAAACCUAUGUCACAUUCUGCCUCUCCAACCUGACUCUCCUAGAGUCUUUCCUCCAGGAAUUAAGAAAUCAAUUUUCUCAGAUGUCGAAAGACCCCAACAAUCAGGUGAUCGUCUUCCAAGAAUCAGUCAAGGUGAUGUCAUUUUUAUCACAAGUGCAGGAACAAACCAUUCUGUGGGAGCUCCUCUCAAGUCUUCCCAGUGUGUUCCAAAAUGACACAAAACUCGGAGACUUGUUCAAUGUCCUUCGAAAGUCAAACAGUGCUCUGUUGGUGGUGCAGAAGGUUUAUCCACAUGUCAUGAAUGACAAAGGAUUCAAGACCAUCCAGAACUCGGUUAAACAUCUGCUUUACACUCUGGACUCUUCAGAACAAGCUGGAACUGUCAAUGCAACACAUCUGUGGGCUGAGGGUGAUCAGAAGCUCUCUCCGAGCAGUCUGGCUGCUCAGCUUCUCAUAUUGGAAAACUUUGAAAAUACCCUCUUAAAUAUGUCUGAUGAAAGCCCUUACCUGCCUUACUUGGUGUGUGUGAAGAAUGUGACAAAUAGUCUGGCCAAUGAAUUACCAGAAAAUCUAAGGCUUCUGCAGUCUACAGUUCGGCUAAAAAAACCUUUCCUUCAAAAUGAGACUUAUGAAAAUUAUUUUCCUUCAGUUCCAGAAAUCCUAAAAUCAAAGCUGUCACAACUCCGGAACCUGACCCAACUUCUUUGUGAACUGGAGACUUUCAGCGCAGUUCAGGAAACGUGCCAGAUCCCUAAUCUCAGUUUUGGGGAACUGUGUGAGGAGAGUCAGUUUCACGUACAAUUUCUCAAGGCAGCGGAACUCGGCACAGAAAUCACUGCCUCCGUACUGAACCAUGACAACAUUGUAUCUCAAAAGCUACAGGAUCUGCUAACUGGGGAUCCAAGUAAAGUUAAUUUGAAUGUAGAUUGGUUCCUCGAACAAGCAUUGCAAAUGAAUUACUUGGAAAAUAUCACUGCGUUAAUGCCCACUCUGAAGUCCAUGCUGCACAUCAAUAACACCGUUUCAGCUUCUAAGCCAGGCCAAUUAAUGGAUAUGUUUAAAAAUGUGGAUCACCUGAAAGAAGAUCUCCAUAGAGUCACAGGAAUGUCCAAUUCCAGCAUUGAUGUGCUACUGGAAAUGCCCAUUCCCGAAAACAGAGAUGAGGUGGUUUCUCAUGUCUUCUUCCUUCAAUCUUGUGAUUCCAACAUCACUGAUCCCAAGUUAGAAGCUGCGGUUAAGGAAUUCUGUAACCUGUCUGUCCCAGAGAGAUCCCGCAAGUUUUAUCUUAUCGGAGUUACACUUUUACACCAUUUGGACAUUUACAACUUUACCUACAAGGUAUUUUUCCCGAGGGAAGAUCAAGAGCCCAUAGAAAAGAUGUUGGAUCUCUUCCUGAGGCUGAAGGACUUUCUCAAUCAGAUGGCUGCUGGCACUCAUCCUCUGCUAGACAAAAUGAAAUCUUUGAGACAAAUGCCACUGGCCAGGAGUGUGCCACUGACCCAGGCAAUGUCCAAGAGCAACCGGAUGAGCCCCCCUGAAGGGUCAUUCAGCACCAUCUCUCAAGCUCUGUGCUCACAAGGAAUCACAACAGCAUACUUAAUGGCCAUGCUGCCCUCUUCCCAGAGACCCAAAGGCAACCACACCAAGGAUCAUUUGACCUACAACCUGAAUAAGGAGCAGAUUUCUUUAAAAUAUGGGAUUCCCUUAAAUAGCACACCAUUCUGCUUCUCCCUUUAUAAGGAUAUUGUAAAUAUGCCUGCAGGACCUGUGAUUUGGGCAUUCUUGAAGCCUAUGUUGCUGGGAAAGAUUGUUUAUGCUCCAUAUACUCCAGAAACCAAAGCAAUUAUGGAAAAGUCUAAUGCUACCCUGAGGCAGCUGGCAGAAUUAAGAGAAAAAUCUCAGGAAUGGAUGGAUAAAUCACCUCUGAUCAUGAAUUCCUUCCAUCUCCUAAACCAGACGAUCCCAAUGCUCCAGAACACACUGAGGAAUCCCUUCGUACAAGUUUUUAUAAAAUUCUCAGUGGGACUUGAUGCGGUUGAACUCCUGAAACAGAUCAAUGAGCUUGACAACAUAAGGCUGAAAUUACAGAACAACAUCGACAUCAUUGAUCAGCUUAACACACUAUCUUCACUAACAGUAAACAUAUCCUCCUGUGUUUUAUAUGAUCGAAUUCAGUCGGCCAAGACUAUAGAGGAAAUGGAGAGGUUGGCGGAAGUGCUGUAUAAGAACAAUGAACUCUUUGGAAGUGUGAUUUUCAAACUUCCUUCUAACAGAAGCACUUGGAGAAUGGCAGAUGCAGACCAUAUCUCCCUCCCGCCGCUAAUCAGAUACACCAUCCGAAUGAGUCUCAAGACUGCCCAAACCACGAGCAGCCUCAGGAAUAAAAUCUGGGCUCCUGGUCCCCAUAACUCUCCCUCACACAACCAGAUUUAUGGCAGGGCCUUCAUCUACCUGCAGGAUAGUAUUGAAAGAGCGAUCAUCGAAUUGCAAACUGGGAGGAAUUCACAAGAAAUUGCUGUCCAAGUUCAAGCUAUACCCUAUCCCUGCUACAUGAAAGACAACUUUCUAACCAGUGUUUCCUACUCUCUUCCAAUUGUGCUUAUGGUUGCCUGGGUUGUAUUCAUAGCUGCUUUUGUGAAAAAGCUUGUUUAUGAGAAAGAUCUCAGACUUCAUGAGUACAUGAAGAUGAUGGGUGUAAACUCUUGCAGUCACUUUUUUGCUUGGCUCGUUGAGAGUGUUGGAUUCCUUCUGGUGACCAUCAUAAUCCUCAUUGUGAUUCUGAAAUUUGGAAACAUCCUCCCGAAAACAAAUGGAUUCAUCUUGUUCCUGUAUUUUACCGACUACAGCUUCUCCGUCAUUGCCAUGAGCUACCUCAUAAGUGUCUUCUUCAACAAUACAAACAUUGCUGCCCUGAUUGGUAGUCUCAUUUACAUCAUCACAUUUUUCCCUUUCAUUGUGUUGAUUACUGUUGAGAAUGAGCUGAGCUACAUCGUGAAGACAUUCAUGAGUCUGCUGUCCCCAACAGCAUUCAGCUAUGCAAGUCAGUACAUUGCCCGGUAUGAAGAACAGGGUAUAGGUCUUCAGUGGCAUAAUAUGUACAGUUCACCCGUGCAUGAUGAUACCACCUCCUUCGGCUGGCUGUGCUGUCUAAUUUUGAUUGAUGCUAUCAUUUACUUCCUUAUUGCUUGGUAUGUCAGGAAUGUUUUCCCAGGGACUUAUGGUAUGGCUGCCCCUUGGUAUUUCCCGAUCCUUCCCUCCUAUUGGAAGGAGCGCUUUGGCUGGGACGAGGUAAAGAGGGAGAGGGAAAAAAGCAAUGGCUUUCUCUUCACCAAUAUCAUGCUGCAGAAUACAAACACGUCGGACAGUAAAACAAACGCUGAGUAUAUCUUUCCUUCUAACCUUGAACCUGAACCGAAAGAUCUGACUAUCGGAGUUUCUCUCCAUGGUAUAACCAAGAUGUAUGGAUCUAAAGUUGCUGUUGACAACCUCAAUUUGAAUUUUUAUGAAGGCCAUAUCACAUCACUGCUGGGGCCAAACGGAGCUGGAAAAACCACAACAAUCUCCAUGUUAACUGGGCUGUUUGGUGCAUCUGCGGGCACCAUCUUUGUUUAUGGGAAGGACAUUAGAACUGAUCUGGACAUUGUAAGGAAGAACAUGGGCGUCUGCAUGCAGCAUGAUGUUUUAUUCAACUACCUCACCACCAAGGAGCACCUUCUCUUAUAUGGAUCCAUCAAAGUCCCUCACUGGGAUAAGAAGAAAUUGCAUGAGGAAGUGAAGAGGACAUUGAAAGACACCGGGCUGUACAGUCAUCGUCACAAAAGAGUUGGCACGUUAUCAGGAGGGAUGAAGAGAAAGUUGUCUAUCUCCAUAGCUCUCAUCGGUGGAUCAAGAGUGGUAAUUUUAGAUGAGCCAUCAACGGGGGUUGACCCAUGUUCUCGCCGGAGCAUCUGGGAUGUCAUCUCCAAAAAUAAAACAGCUAGAACAAUUAUUCUAUCGACCCAUCACUUGGAUGAAGCGGAAGUACUGAGUGACAGAAUCGCGUUCUUGGAGCAUGGUGGACUCAGGUGCUGUGGGUCUCCUUUUUACCUCAAGGAAGCCUUUGGUGAUGGCUAUCAUCUCACUCUUACGAAAAAAAAGAGUCCACACAUAAAUUCAAAUAAAAUAUGCAACACUUUGGCCGUGACCUCCAUGAUUCAGUCGCACCUCCCCGAAGCCUAUCUCAAGGAGGAUAUUGGUGGAGAACUGGUAUAUGUCCUUCCACCUUUCAACACAAAGGUUUCUGGGGCCUACCUGUCUCUCCUACGAAUGCUUGAUAAUGAUAUGAAUGACCUCAACAUUGGCUGCUACGGAAUUUCUGACACCACUGUGGAAGAGGUGUUCCUUAACCUCACUAAAGACCCCCAGAAGGAUGCAGAGAUGAGUGCUGAAAAAUUGCCACAAAAGAACACUGGCAUGUCCAAUGGAAUAAUGACACCAGAUGAUUGCUCAGUGAGCAGCAGCAGUUUCACAGAUAAAGAUGACAAAAUCCUAAUGAGAACUGGCAGAUUGGAUGGUUUUGGCCUAUUGAUGAAGAAGAUAGUGGCCAUGCUCAUCAAGAGGUUCCACCAUACUCGGCGCAAUUGGAAAGGUCUCAUAGCUCAGAUCGUCCUCCCGGUGGUCUUCGUGACCACAGCCAUGGGGCUUGGGACGCUGAGAAAUGGCGGGACCAGCUACCCAGAAAUCCAGCUCUCACCAGCCCUCUAUGGCACCUCCGACCAGACAACAUUCUAUGGGAACUCUCAUCCCACCACAGACGCAUUAGUGUCGGCAAUGUUAUCUUUCCCUGGAAUAGAUAACAUGUGUUUGAACACUAGUAAUCCAGGGUGUUCAAAGAACAGCAGCCUGAGUCGAUGGAAUUCCAGUGGAGAACCUAUUACUAAUUUUGGGGUCUGCUCAUGCUCAGAAAACAUCCAGGAAUGUCCAAAGUUUAACUAUUCCCCACCUCACAGGAGAAUGUACUCCUCUCAAGUACUUUACAACCUCAGUGGGCUUCGCAUGGAAAAUUAUCUUAUAACAACUGCUAAUGACUUUAUGCAAAGGAGGUACGGAGGUUGGAGCUUUGGCUUACCAUUGACCAAGGACCUGCGGUUUGAUGUAACAACAGUGCCUGCCAACAGAACUCUGGCUAAAGUGUGGUAUGAUCCAGAAGGCUAUCACUCCCUUCCUGCUUAUCUCAACAGCUUGAACAAUUUUCUCCUUCGUGUUAACAUGUCCGAAGAUGAGGCUUCCAGACAUGGAAUCAUCAUGUACAGUCAUCCAUACCCAGGAGUACAAGAUCAAGAACAAGCCACGAUCAGCAGUUUAAUUGAUAUUCUCGUGGCCCUCUCUAUACUGAUGGGCUACUCCGUUACCACGGCCAGCUUUGUGACCUACGUGGUGAGGGAACAUCAGACGAAAGCUAAACAGUUACAGCACAUUUCAGGAGUUGGAGUGACAUGCUACUGGAUCACCAAUUUCAUCUAUGAUAUGGUCUUCUAUUUGGUGCCUGUCGCAUUCUCAAUAGGAGUUAUUGCAGCAUUCAAGUUGCCUGCUUUCUCAAGUGAAAACAAUCUAGGAGCAGUUUCUCUCUUACUUGUCCUGUUUGGAUAUGCCACAUUUUCUUGGAUGUACUUGCUUGCCGGGCUCUUCCAUGAAACAGGAAUGGCUUUCAUUACUUACGUCUGCAUCAACUUGUUUUUUGGCAUCAAUUCUAUUGUUUCUCUGUCGGUGGUAUAUUUCCUGUCCAAGGAAAAGCCUAAUGAUCCGACGCUGGAACUUAUUUCUGAAACUCUGAAACGCAUCUUCCUGAUUUUCCCACAAUUCUGUUUUGGUUAUGGGUUGAUUGAAUUGUCUCAGCAACAGUCGGUCUUGGAUUUUCUGAAAGCAUACGGUGUAGAAUACCCAAAUGAAACAUUUGAGAUGGAUAAGUUAGGUGCCAUGUUUGUGGCCUUGGUCGUUCAAGGGACCAUAUUCUUCAUACUACGGCUCUUAAUCAAUGAAUGGCUGAUUAAGAAAUUCAGACUCUUGUUCAAAAAGAUGAACUUUUCACCUGGGCUGGAGGUCAUCGAUGAAGAUGAGGAUGUUCGGGCAGAGAGAAUAAGGGUUGAGUCCGGAGCUGCAGAAUUUGAUCUGGUACAACUCCACAGCCUCACCAAGACCUACCAGCUCAUCCAUAAAAAGAUUGUAGCUGUGAACAACAUCAGCCUUGGCAUCCCAGCUGGAGAGUGUUUUGGCCUCCUUGGGGUUAAUGGAGCAGGAAAGACAACUAUCUUCAAGAUGCUGACAGGAGACAUUAUAGCAUCAAGUGGAAAAAUCUUGAUCAGGAAUCAAGCUGGGUCCUUGGGUCAUGUUGACACCCACUGCUCUUUAGUGGGUUAUUGCCCACAGGAAGAUGCUUUAGAUGACUUGGUGACAGUGGAAGAGCACUUGUAUUUUUAUGCCAGGAUACAUGGAAUUCCCGAAAAAGACAUUAAAGAAACUGUUCAUAAACUUCUUCGGAGGCUUCAGUUGAUGCCAUAUAAAGACAGAGUCACCUCUAUGUGCAGCUAUGGGACGAAGCGAAAAUUAUCUACAGCACUGGCUCUGAUUGGGAAGCCAUCCAUUCUACUGCUGGAUGAGCCAAGCUCUGGAAUGGAUCCGAAAUCAAAGCGACACCUCUGGAAAAUCAUUUCAGAAGAAGUACAAAACAAAUGCUCAGUAAUCCUGACAUCUCAUAGCAUGGAGGAAUGCGAAGCCUUGUGUACCAGACUGGCCAUUAUGGUCAAUGGCCGGUUCCAGUGUAUUGGUUCUUUGCAGCAUAUAAAGAGCAGAUUUGGAAGAGGAUUUACUGUGAAGGUCCACUUGAAGAAUAACAGGAUAAGCAAUGAAUCUCUGACCGAAUUCAUGCAAUUGCACUUUCCCAAAACGUAUCUAAAGGAUCAGCAUCUUAGCAUGCUAGAGUAUCAUGUACCAGUCUCUGCGGGAGGCGUCGCAAACAUAUUUGAUCUGCUAGAAACGAACAAGACAGCCUUAAAUAUCACAAAUUUUUUAGUAAGCCAAACAACUCUGGAAGAGGUGUUCAUCAACUUUGCCAAAGACCAAAAGAACCAUGAAAAUUCAGAUACAAGUAGCCAAGGCUCUUCUGUAAGUGUUGACUCUCAGGAUGACCAGAUCGAAUCUUAGCCACUUCAGUGAACUCCCUCCAAGCAAACCAUCAGUGCCAUUGGAAAGAGCCACCUUAAGAUACCUUGACUUAUACUAACGUAUCUUAAUUUUUAAGUAUUAUUUCCUAGGAACCUUACAAUUGUGUAAAAAAAAACUGGAGCAGUAUCUGUCUUUAGGUUCCGUCUUAUGCUGUUGAAAAGACUGUAUUUACGCCGAACACUGUGAGAAAGUGGAUGUCUUCCAUAACUCUUACCAUAAUGAUAGUAAUAAUGAUAACUGUGGUAUUUGUUCAGCGCUUUCUAUGUGCCAAGCACCGUGCUAAGUGCUGAUGGGUGUGAAGUCAAGGUGCUUCUUGUCUUCACUUGUUCUAUUAAAAAGCGUAGUCAUUAGUAGUCAGAAAGUCAAGGAUACAGAAAUGAAGUCAAAUUGGUUGAAGAAACUUAGAUUUGUUUAAACAAGUGAAAAGAAGGUACAGCAUCACACACGGAGCUGGCCUACCCCAGAGGUCAGGUGAGCAUCAGCGCUGACCUUCGGCCACAGAAUUUACGCCUAUCACUGUGACCUGGCACGUGUCCAUCGAUGGGCUCACAGAGGACCAGAAAGGAGGACGUUUCCGUGGAGAUAUGCUCCGCUUGCCCUGGAGGUAAAUGGCGUAUAUGCCCCAUGCUGAGACUCAUGGGAAACCACAGCUGGGUGUGUCCACCGAUAAGUUAACGACCCUAGUAACUGAGAGAGAACACAUGUGCUGCAGGCAGGCAUGUUUUUGGCUUUCAGCUAUGCACUGGGUCGUAUAUGUUAAGGCCUUCCCCCUUCGUGGGAGGAAGAGUGCUUACAAAGAUCGUGAUCAGUCCCUUCCUAAAGCCAAGCCAUGGUGAUGACCACAGCUAUGGAAUAAGAUUCUUCAUUCCAUUACAAAUAUGGAUGGUCCUCUUUUAGGGUGUUUUCUUGAAUGUAUUGCUCAGUGUUCCAUUUUGUAUAUAUUCAAGUAUGCCACCACGAUUUUGAAAUCAAUAAACAAUGUUUAGAAAAAAA